UACAGUCCUAACGGCGAUCGCUUGCCCCGGUUGCCGUGGAGAUGGCCCACGUGACGCGGUGCCGGCCAAUAGAGGGGCACGAUACUCGCGGGUGGGUCUGGUCAGCGGCGGCGCGUUGUCAUGGUGACGGCGGCCGGGUGGGAGAAGACGGUGUGAGAGCGACGCCGAGGAGCCACCUCAAAAGGACGUUAUUUACCCUCCUCAGGGUAUGACCGAGUGAAGCUGAAUAUUUCUGAAGCAAUUAAUGGCUGCUAGCAAUGUGGAAUCAUCUGAUCGAGCAAUACAGAACACCUUCAAAUUGCCAGAAGGAUUUAAGAGCAAAGUGGUGGAUGCUGGCAAUCCAAAAUUGGUCAAAAAAGAGGAGAAAAAUGUUAAGUUGACUCCCUCGGCAUUCAUGAAGGAAAUGUCCCUAGACACAAAACAGAGAUUAGCGAAUACUCAUGAGAUGUAUCUUCCUUCUGUUACUGAGCUUCUAGACAUGACUGAAACCACACUCCAGAAGUUCUCCAUGCUGGAUACUGACAGGCCAAUAUUUCAGCCAUUCCCAUCAGAAAUUGUCUUUCAAAACUAUGAACCUUUUGAAACCUGUGAGGUUUCUCUGAUUCUGCGGAAUCAUGAUCAGGUCCCACGGAUGGUUAAAGUUAUCCAGGGGGAUUCUUCAUACUUCAGAAUCAUCUGUCCUACUGAUGUGGGUCGUAAAGUGGCACCAGGCAUGACCACAACCUUCAAGCUAAUUUUCAAACCUGAGGAAAACAAGGACUAUAGCCAUGAAUUGAUCUGUGUCACAGAGAGGGAGAAGUUUUUGGUGCCAGUCAAAGCUAUUGGUGCACGUGCUAUCUUGGACUUCCCAGAUUUUAUCAAUUUUUCCACAUGUCCUGUCAAAUACAAUACUCAGAAGAUUCUCCUGGUUCGGAACAUUGGUAAAAGAGAAACUAAGUUCACCCUCCAAACUCAAAAGCCAUUUCUUGUGGACCCUAUUCAUGGAAACCUGGAAGUUGGGGAGAGCAUUCAAGUGUCAGUAGAAUUUAUGCCCCAGCGAACUGGGGACCACAGUGAAGAUUUGAUCUUGCAAUUGGAUACAGGUGAAGACAUCUUUAUCCAUUUGUACGGAGCUGCAACAGACAUAAAUGUAAGACUGGACAAAAACUCAGUAAUAAUCGAGAAAACCUACAUAUCAUUGGCUAACCAGAGAGUGGUUUCCAUUUGCAAUAGGAGUGAUGUAAUUGUGCACUUUCAGUGGAAGGCCUUUGCAACUCCAGAAGAAGAAGAGCAGCAAAAAAUCAGAUUUGUUUCAGACUUGAUGACUGAGGAAGAACAGGAAACUAACCAGUUUUUGAAGGACUGCGCUGAAGACCCCACUCUACGCGAACAGAUGCCACUCCUUGCCCGUACCUUCCAGAAUCGUCGUCAGUUGGUGGAGGAUGACACAAUGCUGUUGUCUGAUGAUAUUUUCAUCAUUGAACCAGUGGAAGGAGAUAUCUGGCCCAAUUCCACAGCUGAAGUAAAUGUAAUCUGCAGACCUAAAGAAGCAAAGGUGUACUACCAAACAGUCUACUGUGACAUCACAGGUCGUGAAACUCGCUUGCCCCUCCGUAUCAAGUGUGAAGGUUUGGGUCCCCAGGUGAUGCUGAAUGUGGACCAGGUUGAAAUAGGAAAUGUCUUCAUUAACUCAAAGCAAACCUAUGAACUUGUCAUGAUCAACAAGGGUGAUAUUCCUGCUGAGUACAUCCGGAUUCCUGCACGCAACCUGUUGGCGUCCUAUUUCUGUUUGAACCCAUGUGAAGGGAUCCUGUUGCCAGGCAAAUGCCAGUUGUUGGAGGUGACUUUCAAAGCUGCGAUUCUUGGGAAUUUCAUAGUAGAUUUAUUUCUUUCAGUGAAAGGAAACCCUGAGCCAGUCCAGGUGACUUUCAAGGGACAUGUCAUUGGACCUACCUUUCAUUUCAAUAUGCCAGUACUAAACUUUGGGGAAGUGUCCUUUGGUUUUCCCAAGACCAUAUCAUGUUGCCUUACCAACACAUCCCUCGUACCAAUGUCAAUUAAGUUGCAAAUUCCUGGUGACGGUGUUGGUGAAAUCAGUCAAACAAGCUUCAGCCAGGCCUCAGAACGUAGAAGCAUAAGUUCGUGGAUAAAUGUCGAAACAGGAGCACGACGCAAAGAAUUUACUAUAAACCCCAGUGGUGGUAUCAUUAAGUCCCAUGUUGGAAAGGAGAUUCAGGUGUCAUUUUGCCCCAACACUGUAAAAAAAUAUGAGACAUCCCUCAUUGUAGAGGUGAAGAAUCUUGGCCUGGAAGCUCUAGUAAUACCCAUCAUGGCACGAUGCAUUGUUCCCAAUGUGGAGGUGGUUAACCAACAGAUUGACCUUGGACGCUGCUUUGUCAAGCACCCUUAUGAAUGCAUGAUAAAACUUCAGAAUACCAAUGAUCUUCCAGCAUGUUAUGGACUAAUUUCACAGGAUUUGGAUAAACAACAUGGCAUACUUUAUUCCAGCUCUGAACCAUAUGGAAUUAUUGAGGCCUGUUCCACUGCAGCGAUCCCUUUAGUAGUGGAGCCACAACAUCUUGGAGAACUGAAUACAGAAGUAUACAUUGCCUUAUUUGGAAAAAGUCAAUUUCCUCUUGCAGUCCAUAUAUAUUGCAUAGGCGAGGGGCCAGUGGUCCAUCUCAGUUCCACAAAGAUUGACUGGGGAAAAAUCAAGGUAUUAACCGAUGUUCCCAAGACCAUCUGCCUGUCUAAUGAGUCACUUAUCCCAGCCAGAGUCACAGCCAAAAUGACUUUAGAAAACCCAAAAUGGCGUUUGGAACCCAGUGAAAUGGUGAUUCCUCCUCUUCAACACAAAGAUCUAUAUGUUGUGGCACAUCUUGAUGACACAAUCUGGUCAGAAGACAAGGUACACUUGGAAGUAGAGAACAGCCAUACAAGGAGUAUUCACGUGCAAGCUACUGGAAUUGGGACAACCAUUGUCCCCAAUAAACCAUUUGGUCCAGUUCUUAACCUUGGAGCAAUAUUUAGUUCCGAGGUUUGCCGCUAUUCAGUUAAGCUGACAAAUUGUGGACGACGACGCCAUCAGAUAUACUGGAAGGCAGUAGACUUUCCCCGGAUCUUUAAGCCUAGCCCACAGAAACAACAUGCACUUCGUGAUAUGAAAUAUAGAAAUUCUCCUGUACUGGGUCAUUAUGUUCCCACCUUCAAAGUUAGACCUCUGCGAAUGGACCUCAAACCAGGCAGGAGUGAUGUACUGAUGCUAGAGGGUGAAUCAGAUGGUCCUAUGGUUGUCCAUGGACAGCUAAUAUGUGAAGCUAUUAUCGGUCAACAGUCUGGCAAGCAGAGAAUAAUGAAAGUGAAUGUACACUGUGAGUUCAUUGCCCCUGUCCUAGAGCUUUCACCAAAACAGUUGAACUUCAGAGUUGAGAAGCCCAGACAUGUCAAGCUGGUUCCUCAAUACAUGCCUCUUACAUUGAAGAACAUAUCCCCAUUGCCUCUCUCUUUGAUCCUAAAGAUCGAAGGACCAUUUGGAAUUGUAGAAAACGUGGAGCUUGAGACAACAAUCAUUUCAAAGACUGUUAAACUGGAUGUAGAUGAGCAUCUCGAGUUGUUAAUCCAAUUUGACCCAUCGUAUAAGGAUGACUUGUUCACUCGUGUAAUAGAGGAGGUUCUGACAAUCCGGUACUCGGAACACCCACAUGUGGAUUAUGUGGUCUUGAGGGGAGAAGUGCACUUCCCAAACCUGCACUUCGAAACUGAUAUGGUGGACUUUGGUUGUAUCCUCAAUGAUACUGAGACAGUGCACUAUGUGGAGAUGAUAAAUUGCAGCCCCCUGCCAGUAAAGUAUCACUGGUCCUUCCUUUCAGAUGAGCCAAUUAAAUGGAAUAGUUCACCAGUCUGCAAACCAACAGCUAAAAUUGUGAAUUUGGAAACCAAGGAUAUUAAAGAUGAGACAAAACUCACCAAUGAAUUACCCUUGGACGAAGGUACCAUCGUUUUUGCGGACUCCGACAGAAAGAUGUCACUUUCCAAUGUCAGUGAAAACGAUGUAGAGAAAACUGAUGCUGAGAAUGAAACACGCGAAGGCCUGGGGUUCCCUAAAGAAAUUUCAAGUAACAGCCCUACAGAAGGACAUGAGGCAGAUUUGUUAAGUAUGAAUGAAGCGAAGCCAGUGCCAGAUAAAACUAAGGAGAGCAAGUGUCUCACUUGGAGCUGUAAUCUACUGCAGAACAAUGUGGCAUUGGGAGUGGAGCAGGUGUUCGACAUCCUCCCACUGUUUGGUCUUCUACAUCCAAAUGAAAGUCAACAGGUGACCUUUACAUUUUAUGGCCAUGCGAACAUUAUGAGUGAGGUGAAAGCAAUAUGUGACGUAGAAGGUGGGCCAGCAUAUCAGAUUGCUCUGAAAGGAGAGUCAUCCUUUAUCAAAUAUGCUUUUGACAGAAACGAGAUUGACUAUGGUUACCAGCUAUUUAGCCUUGUUGCUGUGGCUGAACUUACCCUAAAGAAUACUGGAAAGGUGGGAUUUGACUUUACUGUUUUGAAUCUCAAGCAGACUGCUGAUCAAGAGCCUGUGCCAGGAGUACCACUUGUUAUUCCUUAUUCGGGUUACAUUGCAGCAAAUUCAGAGCAGAAGCUGAAGGUUUCUUAUUUACCUGGAGCACCGGACAUCUUCCAUAAGAGCUUUGAGAUUCAAGUCUCUCACUUUGAACCCGAGAGUAUUGGCCUGAAGGGGGAAGGAAUCUUUCCCAGAAUCUAUCUGGAUCUACCCAGAAACAUAAAAGGAAAUGAGAAGUAUGAGGCACUGUUGAAGGAGGCAAGAGAAGCACUAGAGAGAGAUUCGACUGAAGCAAAUCUGCUCAGCCGUCCUGAAACCAUAGCGGGAGAACUAGGUGCAGCCAACACCCUCACUUCUUAUGACACCCUGCUGCAGAUGGAGGCUGAUCGCUUACUGAUUAAGGAAUGUAGUCUGGCACAAGACUUUGUUCUUUCUUCUCACAACGCUUCAUCUGGGUCAAAACACCAUGCGCACAAAAGUGUAUCCAGAUGUCAUUUGCCUGAGUUUGUCCUCGAUUUUGGCUUUGUAAUCCUCAGCACUGUCAAGGUACAUGUUGUGAAGAUUACGAACACAAGCUGUUUGCCAGUAUCAUUUUACACUGAUCGGCAUGCUCUUAAGCAUACAGGUUUCAGCACUGAGCUGAACAGGGUGAAAAAUCUGCCCUAUUGUGAAACAGAAACUUUUGAAGUACGGUUUGAACCCCUUCGUGCAAACCUCAGUAUUGGACCUACAAAAGCUUUGAUGUCGAUACAGGUUGUAGCUGGGCCAUCAGUGGAUAUAAUCCUGUGUGCAACAGUGACCGUGCCUGGCUUGACUGUAUCCAGUGACCACCUGGACUUUGGCACUGUGCAAUGUGGGCAGUGUCAGGUUAUGACUAUUCAACUCCACAACCACCUGGAUGUUACCUGUGAAUGGUUUUUCGCUGAUACCAGUAUUGUAAAAGAAAAGCUUGAUAAGCAUGUUCCCCUGUACCUGCGAUCCAAACUACUGAAGGAGUUGAAGCAACCAUCCUAUGUAUUCCGCAUGUUGCCAGCUUGUGGUGUGCUGGAGGCUGGGGUGAAAAUGAAUGUGCAGGUGACAUUCAUUCCUGAUGAGGAGAAACGUUAUAAGCAUCGUUUGGUGUUGACCUUUGCGCAGAGCAGUCACCAGGUGUUGAUCACAGCCGUUGGCCAAGGACUGGAGCCUCGCCUUGAAUUUUCAACAAGUUCAUUGGAACUGGGUCCACUUUUACCCUACAGUGCAGAGGUCGAAGGCGUAGCAAUUGUAAAGAAUCCCUGCACCUUUCCCAUUGAAUUCUACUCGGUGGAAUAUGAUCACAUUUACUUGGAGGAAGAAAAGGUGCUGAGGAUGAUGAAGGGCUAUAGCUCGGAUAACACUUUGUUGCUGCCGCCAAGACAACCAGGCAAUAAACUUCCAUUUGAGUUAUUGGAUUACUACAAAGAACAAAGUCUAACCCAAGAAGAACAGGAACAAGCCAAGAAUAGACCAGUGGAAGUCACUGGAGGUGAAAAUGAUCGCAAAGAGAAUGAAGUGGAGGAGCUGUCUGACCAGACAGAAAAGCAGGAACGGUUAGUAGCUCCAGAGACAGCCGCAAUCAUCAGUGAAAGUGAGGUCUCUUCAAGACCAACAGCAAGCCCAAUACCAGAGGACAAAAAAGAGCCUGAAAAUGAAGUGACAGAAAAAACAUUAGAGGCUAAAGGAGAAAAACCAGAUAAUUUUAUCAAUGUGGGCGUUGGAGAACUGGAAGUUACCCCUGUAUCCAUGGCUAUUGGCAGGUACCUCGGACUUGACCUAUCCCCUGAGGGAUGUGCUGCUCGAAAUCGCAGAGGCAUUGCCAUCAUAGUACAUGGAGCUCCUGCCUCAGGAAAAACAAACACUGCUGUUUUUCUUGCAAAAUAUUACAGAGCAUCUUAUUUGGUUAUUGAUUCUGUAUUACGAGAAGCAAUUUCAAGUGGUACCACAGCUGCAGCUACACGAGCUCGGGAAUUGUGCACAAAGGCUGCUCUGGAUCAGAUGCUGAGGGAUGCUGAAGAAGUGUCACAGAGUGCAAUCACGCGAUAUUCAUCAGUUGGAAUUGGAGGUACAACUGUUGAAGGAACAACUAAGCCAACACCUGAAGGCACCCCUACCUCUGAGUUCAAACCUCCACAUUUAUCAACAAUAAUUCAUCGUAAAAGCAGCAUGAACACACUAAAGUCAAGUCAUAUUAUCCAGAAACAACAAAAUGAAGUGUUAACUUCACAGGUCUCUGCAAUUGGUCCCCUAAUGCAGCAGCCAAUGAGCAUCACUACAAGCAUCAUUGGAGAGGGAAACUUAAUGAGCUGUCAACUGCCAGAAGAUGUGAUAGUGGAACUUCUAACGGAGAGGUUGCAGUUGAACGACUGUUGCCAAGGGAUUAUAUUCGAUGGAUUGGAAAGUGUGUACAGUCCCAAUGAAGCCUACACUCUCACAGCUGCACUUAAAGCAAUUAGCAAUAGACGUCACAUCUAUUUAAUCAACCUUAGCCAGGAAUAUACAACACUGAAGGCCAAGGAGAAAGCCAAGCAGGAGGAAGAGGAGAAAAAAGUGAAGGAGCAAGAAAAGAAGGAGAGGAUUUAUCUGCAAGAGUUGAGUGAAGAAGAUUAUGAGGCUCUGUCAGAAGAAGCAAGAGCAGAGUUCGACUUGAAACGCACUUCUUUAUUCAAAGCACGCAGGGAAAGAGUUUUGAAGGAGAUACGUGAACGACAACUGCAGCAACAGAGAUGGAGGGAACAACUGGAGAGGCUGCGAGAGGAAGAAGAACUCAAGAAAAAAUCUAGAAGAACAAGAAAAGAUUUCAGUAUCAGGGAUGAUGGAAGAAGAUACCAAAUAAGUGCAAGGAUGAGCACAAACAUUUCAACAGUGAAGUCUGAUGCUCCUGAAGGAAAGGCCACCUCACUUGAUCUUCAUGAGUCAAUAGAUCGUGGUGAUAUAGAGGAAGGAAUUAGAAAGAAAAAGACCAAAGAUGCCAGAAGCAACCACACAAUUUUAGACAGGACAGAUUCAAUCCAAGAGGAUGCAUUAUACAAAAACCCAGAAAAAUUGCUUUUCCAAAGAUUUCAAAGGUAUGAGCGCAACCAGAAGAAAAUCUCUCAAAUUUUGGAAUUCUGGGAUCGAGCCCAAGGAGCCGUUAUUUUCCCAGCAUCGGAGGAUAUCCAAAGCUUGGGGGAAGAGAAUACAGUUGAACGGCCUGCACCUUCAGGGAAAAGGGGUAAAAAAGAUCGACAUGACAAAGCUGAAAAAGAGAGAGCAGAAAGAGCUGAGAAGGAGCGAGCUGAAAAAGACCGCUUGGAGCGAGAGAAGGCCGAGAAAGAACGUUUAGAAAAGCUGAGAGAGGAGAAAAUUGGUACAUCUCCAUUUUCUGAUGGCAUAGCUGAAGGAGACAGCAAGGAUAGUGCAGAAAAAGAAGACAUUUUUGGAGUGCCACAGAUCAAGUUGCACGUUACUGAACCAGAGGAUUGCUUUGGGAAAUUGAUUCUCGAAAGUGGGAAAGUUCCAACAGCUGAUGAGGUUCUAAAUAGUUUGGGUCUGAGUCGAAGUGGCCCCCCUAUUCCACCUCCUGCCCUGUUUGGAUUGGUACGAUACCCUGUGGAACGAAGGCCAACUUCAGGAGCAGAAAUGCAAAAAUACUUCAGACUUUUACCUAACCCAGAUGAAGGAAAAUUAUUAUUUGAAGAUAAGAAGGAACCUGAACCAGACCCUGAAAUUGUGGUCCCAGUUAUUAAGGAAGAGCCACAAGUUCAGCAUAGGGGAAAGUCAAAAAAGGAAAAAGGGGAUGUGGAACGUGACAAGCGUAGGUCUGGUGGUCAUAAAAGAACCCAACGUGAUUCCCGCUCCUCGAUUCUUGUGGGUGCUGCUUCACCUCCUUCUGACUUCGAUCGUAGCAGUGGCGUCGAGGACACAAUGAAAGAUUUAAGUAUCGCCAGAAUUCCUCCUUACCGCUGGAUCGUGCAACCUGGGGAAGAAGUUGCAUUACGAGUGUGUUUUAGUUCAACAGAGUGUGGGAUAUUUGAUCAGACAUUGAACUUUGAAAUCUUGAACACACUACGAUGUUACAAAUUGUACUGCAGAGGAGUCAGUACAUACCCAACUAUAAGUCAAGAUCCCUGUGUUGUCUUUCGACAUCGGAAGAAGAGCGUGAAGGAAGAAGAAAUUCCUCGCAAGAAGUACAUCAUGAACACAGGAGUAUUUCAGUUUGGGCCACUGCUCUGUGGACUAACAAGGGAAAGGUAUAAGGAGGGUCAAUACCCAGAAAACAGGGAAAAUAUCAGAAUAAUGAAUACUUCACCUGUGGUGGCCGAGGUUUCCUUCUGUUUUGAGCAUGACACAAAAGCUGCCACCUACCUUGUGGAUCCACCCACUAUGACUCUUGAGGCCAACGAGAGAAAGUUCGUCUCAAUUUGGGCGUAUCCAACCUCUUCUGGUAAAUUUGAUGACUGCCUUGUUUGUUGUAUUCGAGAGAAUCCUGAGCCAGUCCUCUUUAAAAUUUGCUGCUAUGGAGUUCGUGCAGAACUGGAACUUGACCGCAAACAGCUACACUUUGACAAGAUGAUCCUUCACAGGAGGGAUACCAAGAGCCUCACUAUGCGGAAUAAUUGCCUCCUGCCAGUGGCUUGGAGAAUCACUGGGCUGGAGAGUCUAGGUGAUGAUAUCUCUCUAUCUCAAGAUCAGGGCAUCAUCAAUCCCAAGAAUGAAUUUUCAGUGCAAAUGAACUUCAAAGCCAUGCGACAAGUCAAUCUAAGAAAGUACAUUCGAUUAGAGGUCCACGAUGCAGAAAAUGUCCUUGGUAUUGUUCAAACUGAAAACAUUCUGAUUCUUGCAGAAGCUUAUGAUGUGGCUCUGGACAUCAGUUUCCCAAAAGGUACAGAUGGUGGGAUUGACUUUGGUAUUAUCAAAGUUUUUGAUAGCGUGAAACAGACAAUUACCUUGAAGAACAAGGGAAAAUAUGAGAUUGGAUACAGAUUCCUUCUGCAACCUACAAAACGCGACAUGCCAGACCUGAACUCACUGUUCACCAUUCAGCCAAUGAAGGGAUCCCUGCUUCCAAAUGAUCGUGCCACUCAUAUAUACAUCAACUUCAACUGCAAAACUACCACAGAGAUCAAAGAGGAGCCCAUUCUACGUUGCCUGGUGAUUGAGCCCACUUUAGGUGAUGGAGGAGAGAUCAUAGCCAGCAUUCCAGUCAAAAUGUCAGUUUUUGCUAUUUUCACCACAUAUCAGAUAUUACCAGCAGGAGAGGUUAACUUUGGCAUUGUGUUAUUUGGCAACCGGAAAAGCCGUACAUUCAUUCUUGAGAACAACUGUGAAUUUGAUUUCAGAUACUCCAUCUUCAAAAUGUCUGCUGUGAUGCCACGUCAAUCAAAGAAGGGUGGCAAUGACGGUGGUGGUGGUCCAAAGGUUGGGAAAGCUAUGGAUAAAGCCGAUGGAAUUGCGAAACAGAAAGAACAAGCUCCCCAGGCCCGUUUGACAGUUGGAAUGUUCACAGUUUUCCCUGGUUAUGGAGUUGUGCUCCCUGGGGCCCAACAGUCCAUUACAGUGGACUGUUCUGCAGAUCAGAUUGGAAAACACGAAGAGCUCCUGUGUAUUGAUAUAACUGACCGGGACCCGGACAGCCAUCCAUCUGGUAUUCCAUAUGGACUGGUCAUUGAAUGCUGUGCACCAAGUAUUGUGGUGGAUGACAUUGCUUCCAUCUUUGAGGAGCAUCAUAUUUGCCAGAAUAUUAAUCUCCACCAGUGCCUGCAGUCUAUUGGUUGCAGCGGAGUCUAUGUGGAGGAUGAGAAGAAAUACCUUUUCCAUAAUGUACAUGUCGGGGAUAAAGUUGAGGCUCGCUUCAAGAUUACCAAUGGAGGCAAAGUAGCUGCUGAUGUGCUCGUAUCUGUUAAACCGGUUUCUAAUAAAGCUGCUGCUCGUAUUACUGAUAUUUUUGAUGUGACACCCACCAGAAUGAACAUCCCGAGCUAUGACCACAAGUUUGUGGUUGUUACGUUCACACCUCAGACCAUGCAGAAUUACCAGUGCAUAUUCGAAGCUGUUGUGGAGCCAACACCUGGUGUUCCUAAGUCAAAAUCCCUGGUAUUUGAUAUCGUUGGAGAUGGGAACCUGCCCCGGAUCAAUGUCCUGCAGCCAAAGUUGCGCAAUAAGAUAGGGAACCCACUGUUAAUCUACUCACGUCUACUGUUAGGCCAAACAGAGAAGCUGCCUGUGGUCCUCAAAAAUGAUGGUACCUUACCUGCCCAGGUGUCUGUCAAUAUCUCUGAUGACUAUGGAGUGUUUUCUCUGAAGGAAUGCAUUGGAACUGUAUGUGUCUAUCCUAAGCGCCACUAUAUUCGAGAAGAGAAUCCGGAAAAAGUAAAGGAAAGUUGCAUGCUCACUAUCAAGCUCAACAGUGGAGAGGAGGCAAAGUUUGAUGUCUCCUUCCAACCAACCCGAGCUCAACGCCUUGAAGGAGCACUGUACUUGACAGUGCUCAACAACCAGUUUGAGGACACCAUUAUACGAUUAAUUGGUGAAGGUUUUCAGGAUGAUAUCACAUUUGACAACAUCCAUGGACUCAGACAAACUAGCUCGGUGGAAAGCUUUACAAACUUGCUGGAGGAGAAAGACAUUAAAGCCACACAUUUGGAGCAUAUUGAAUUUGGAGAUUGCCAUAUUGGCAAGCCAUAUCUGGUGACCUUCACAAUGACCAAUCGAAGUGCAGCAGACAUCGUACGAUUUGAAUGGAUUUCAGACAUCAGUGAGUUCAACAUCUCUCCACAGUUUGGUCAUUUGCAUGCCGGAUGUGCAAAGGAUAUGACAGCUACAUUUAAAUCAGAUCUGCCCGUGACAUACAACCAACACACAAUAAAAUGCAUAGUGUCAAAAAUCACCUACCCAGUGCCCUCUGACCAGGUUCAAGAUUGGGACAGUCGCCUGAGUGUUGUGAAGUGGCUAAAUGCUAGGCAUGGAGUUCGGCCAGCUAAGAAGAAGGUAGUAGAGGUGGAACCUGAACCUGUCCACAUGGUUUUGGAAGACAGCUCUCGGGAGCUAGAGUUGAAGAUCAGUGCCAUGGUGGAUUACAGUGAUUUUGAAUGUACCUGUAAAAGUAUCAUCUUUAAAGACACAAUGUUGUACCAAUCUCGAGUCUACAAGAUAAAAGUCAUAAACAAAGGCCCUGGAGCACUAGAGUACCUCUGGAAGCUGGUGAUGCCCGAACAAGGUAGAAAUACAUACCAUAUGGAAGCUUUGCUGCCUCCUGAAGAAGCAGCCUCUGAAGAAACCAAUGAUACAGCUUCAGCAAGCGUGCCAGCUGGACCCUCGACCAGCAAGGGCACUCAGGCCGUCAGCAGAUAUGACAGUGGCACUGAAAGCAUCUCCUCCUGGGAUUCCAUCGAUAUUGACAAUCCUCCGUUCACAGUGGAGCCAUGCAGCGGGGCAAUUGCGGCCAUGGGAACACAGGAAUUCAAAGUCAAGUUUAUCCCCUUGGAGGUUGGCGAGUUUGAGGCAUCACUCAUCUGCAGCAUACCAAAUUUGAAGGAGGGGUUGCAAGGUCAAAUGGUAGCUGUGAAGGGCCGCAGUCUCCUCCCAUUCUGCCAUUUUGAGCUGGAAGACUCCAAUUACAUCAGCGGAAACAGGCGCAACCCUGAGUUAAGUGGCCCUGGAGGAGCUCCUCCAGGGGUGACCCUUGACCCUAAUACACGUGUCAUCGAAUUCCAAGCUGUGGGAGUGAACACAAUCAAUAGGAGGUCCUUUUACAUACUGAAUCCAACAAAUACUGACUACUCCUUCCAGUGGGUGUCUGAAAGUGCACCGAAUGUACGGGUGCAGCCAGCGUUCUUCUGCCUGACAGAGAAAGGAUAUAUAGCAGCAGGGAAGAAGACUGAGGUCAGCUUUCAGUUUGUGCCUCAUCAGCUGAACAUCAAUGAAUCAUUCUGGAGCUUCAUCAUUCCAGAACAAAAUAUCACCGUGCCAUUCCUGUUAUGCGGCAAUACAAAAGAGCCCAUGGUCUCCUUUGACCGCUCCCACAUCAACUACAAAUUUGUGCUAUUAGGAUACAAAGCACAUGAGACUGUCAACAUGAUUAACAAUGAGGCAAGCCCACUGAGCUUCCAUUUCAGAAAGGAGACACUACAUUCUGAGGGAUACAUUUGCAAACUUCUUGUGGAGCCCAUGGAGGGCAUUGUUCUUCCUUACAAUAGCGUACCCAUUGUCUUCUCCUGUAUUGCAAACACUGAUGGACAUGUGAGCUGGAACAUUGUGUGUGAUGUGAAGACAAAGACAGUACCUUUGACCUUAAAUAUCAAAAUGCAUGGAUACAGCAUGAAAGCAACUGUGACAUGUGAAGGUAGCGAUGGGACAGUAACUGAACUCAGUCAUCAGACUGUCAAUGAGAUCUCCUUUGGUGAGGUGGAAUUGAAUGAUCAUAUUAACUAUCACUUCGUCAUCUCAAACAACGGGAAAUUUAACUUCGACUUUGACUGGGAGCUUUCAGGCCCUCCCAGCAUUCUGAAUUGUCUGAAACUAAACUGCAGGCGGAACACAGUGGAAACUGAAAGCAGUGUCACAGUAUCCAUCCGAUUCCACCCAGACCACAAGUUCAUACUAAAGGAUGUAGAGCUAAAGCUGAAGAUCCAGAAAGGCCCUGUUUUUGCCUGUAUUCUCACUGGGUACAUAGUGAUCCCGAGUGCCCACUUAUCGUUCACCAAAUAUAACUUUGGGCCAUGUUUCAUCUAUAAUGCUGGCAUGACACCUUCCAAAAAAACUCUGAUCAUCACUAAUAAGCAGGAGCAAGCAAUCGGCUUGGAUUGCUUGUUCCCUAACAAUUCUUAUCUGGAGGUAAAAUUUCAACCUUGUGCCCUGGCGCCAAAGAAAUCAGUGGAAGCCGUCAUCAUUUUCUAUCCAAGGGAACCUAUUAAAUACCAAGAAGUUGUCACGUUUGAAAUCAAUGGACUCACCCAACAGAGUGUCAAGAUCUUUGGUCAAGGUGCAGAGAUGAAGAUUGAAGUUGUCAAUCACAAGGACAAGGUGGUCGAUUUGCAAGCUCCAAGGGUUGGACAGGUUGUGAAGAAAGUCGUGCCAAUAGUCAACAGAAGCAGGGUACCCUUGACAUUCACACUCGCUGUGAAUCCCAACCAACAACUUCUUCAGAACCCAAAGGUUCUAAGUCUGUCGCCGCUUACCAGCAUCAAGCUGGAUGCACAGGGAGGCACUUGUGAUGUGGUGGUGACUUUCUCUCCAACCUACCGAAUUCCCCAGUUUGCAGAGGAAGUGAUGAUGGAGUGCGUUGGCGUCUCAAAACCUCUAUUUGUGAUACGAGGGUGCUGCCAGGGAAUUGAGAUAUCACUGGACCAAAACUGUAUCGCAUUUGGAUCGGUUGUUCUCCGUAGCUCAGUCACACGGCUGAUUGUGCUAGAAAAUAUUGGAGAUAUUGGUGCAAGCUUUAAAUGGGAUGUUGAGAAGUUUAAGCCUCACUUUUCAAUUUCCCCUGUGGAGGGCUACAUCUCCCCGGGAAUGCAGGUGUCACUGGAAGUGAAAUUUCAUCCCGUUAAAGUGCAUGCAGACAUUCGUUUGGAAAAUGUGCAAUGCUUUAUCGAAGGAACAAAAUCUCUCUAUCUCUACCUGACUGGUUCAUGUGUGGCACCAACAGCUAUGAAAGAGAUUCUCAAUUUCAGCUGUCAAGUUCGGACUGCGCAGGUCCACGGCAUUGUACUAACCAACCGCACCAACCAGGUCUGGAAUCUGCAGCCCAAAAUUGAAGGAGAGUAUUGGAGUGGACCCAAGGUUAUAACUGUGCAACCUCAUCUGCCAAACCAGACCUAUGAUAUCACAUACAAGCCACUCACCAUGACAAUGGAUGCCAAAAAGCAUCAGGGCUCUGUCUUUUUCCCAUUGCCUGACGGUACGGGAUUGCUCUACAUGUUACAAGGAAUUGCUGAGCCCCCAAAGGCUGUCGCAAUUAUAAAUCGUGAAGUGCCUUGCAAGACGCUGCACACUGUGUUGUUAUCAAUUCACAACUGGCUCCCCAAACCACAACGAUUCCGAGCUACAAUGGACCAGAUCAAGCCCGAAAGACUGGAGAGCACCACCAUGUUGAAAGGACUGGACUAUAUCGAUGUUCCUGGGUCUUCCAGGCGGGAGUACAGGCUCACUUUCUUCACCUACAAGGAGGCAAUCAUCUCAGUAAAGGUGACCUUCCGUAAUGAGACUACUCAGGAAUACCUUUACUAUGUCGUUAACAUUAAAUCCACAUCUCCUGGUCUCAAUGCCACCAUAGAGUUGGUGGCCCCGGUUCGCCAGAGCACUUCUGGGACAGUGGAGGUUGAGAAUCCGUUGACUGUCCCAACUGUAUUCACCACAGAAUGUAAAAUCACAGACAUCUCUCUCCCAACACAGCUCAUUGUCCCACCACAGGCAAAGGGUAUACUGUCUUUUGAAUAUCAGCCUCUGAAAGUGGGUGAAGUCACAGGGCGCCUUACACUGAACAAUAGUGAUUUAGGAGUCUAUCAUUAUGAUCUGAUCCUGAAAGCCAAGCCAGCAGGCCUGGAGAAACCACUCCACUUCCGGACUAACUUUGGUGGCAGCCAGACCCUCACUGCCAAAUUCCUAAACCACUCCCGCCAGAAAGUUGAAUAUUUCUGUAAGGUUGACAGUCCCGAAUUCCUUGUGGAGAAAAGCAUCACAGUCCCACCGGCCUCAAUGGGUGGCUCAGAGGUGGGUGUGGAGGUGAUCUACGAGCCUUUCCGCCUGGGGGAGUCCAGAACAAUACUCAAUGUCACCUCUUCUGUUGGAGGCGAGUACAACAUCCCCCUCUUUGGAGUGUGUUUGUCUGCAAAACCUCAGGGUCCCUUCUCAGUGCGAGCUGGUUCUACUGCUUCCAUUCCAUUCAAGAAUAUUUUCCCCCAAAUAACCACCUACUCGUUCCAAGUGGACAAUCCAGCAUUUACCUGCAAGCCCUCAGAGACACUGCGUGUGCCUUACUUCACUCAGAUGCUUCCACAGAGAACCACAGCCAACUGUUUCAGGAACCCUCAUUUGGACCCUCUCUGAUUCUGUCUCCAUUCAUGCUUUGUGGCUUUGAACAUGAAGAUACUCAAAUUUCUCAAAUACAUUGUGUGGGAAAAAUGUUGGCAUGUUCCUGGGCAAUUUGACAAGGUGUGACAAAAUUCAUCUUUCUUUAUGGAUUGCACCAACAGCCCUUAGAGCUUUGUCUCUGGCAGUAAUCCAAUCUUUGAUGCUUCCCCUUAAAUUUAUUGUAGGGAUGUGACUAUUAGGUAUGCUUAGUUGUCAAAUCAUAGCUUUUGUUGUGGCUGUGUGAAAGCUCACUGCUUCAUAUUGUUUGGUGCCCUUUUCCCACUGCAGUGUGCUAAUCACUGCAGCAGCCCCUAUUGAGCUGGCGUGUGUGACAGAGAGACUGUUUGAUUUGCGGCUUUCUUCCCAUUGCAAUCUUGACAUUCUUUCAUAUGCUUUUCGUGUACAAUGCAUGUCAUUCUCAAUCUGCUGGCUUUUUUUUAGUGUGCCAUUUUAUUGUGUGAAAACAUUUCUUUGAAUAAACAUUAUUGAAUGAC